AUGCCGCCAGCUGCAACGCAAUCCACCCCGGGCAGUGCACAGCCCUCCUCACAAUCAGGCUCCACAAAGUCCUUCCAUGCCUCGUCCACCAGUCAGGCAAUCGAGUAUGAGGACAAAUAUGCCGCACAUAACUACCACCCGCUACCUAUGGUGUUCUCCCGUGCAAAGGGGUGUAAAGUGUGGGAUCCCGAAGACAAGGAGUACCUUGACUUCCUCAGCGCGUAUUCGGCAGUCAAUCAGGGACAUUGCCAUCCUAAGAUUGUCAACGCUCUAGUCCAGCAAGCCCAGCGACUAACCCUCUCCUCCCGCGCAUUCUACAAUGACGUCUUCCCCCUAUUCGCCAAAUUCGCAACCGAAUACUUCGGUUACGACAUGAUCCUCCCCAUGAACACGGGAGCCGAAGCCGUCGAAACCGGUAUCAAAAUCGCUAGAAAAUGGGGUUACAAGGUCAAGAAAAUCCCAGAGAACGAAGCCAUCGUCCUCGCCGUGACCGAAAACUUCCACGGUCGAACCUUCGGUGCUAUCUCCAUGUCUACCGACCCUGAAUCUCGCGAGAAUUAUGGACCUUAUCUUCCAAACGUAGGACCUACAAUUCCGGGAACGAAUAAACCGCUUAGGUAUAAUAAUAUUGGAGAUUUGGAGGAAGCUUUCAAUACCCAUGGAGAAAAGAUUGCGGCGUUCUUGGUAGAACCUAUUCAAGGUGAAGCCGGUAUUGUCGUUCCGGACGACGAUUAUCUUACAAAGGUGCAUGCACUAUGCAAAAAGCAUAAAGUCCUAUUUAUUGCCGAUGAGAUCCAAACCGGUAUCGCAAGAACAGGAAAACUCCUCUGUGUCGAACACUCAAAUGUCAAACCAGAUCUCGUCCUCCUCGGAAAAGCCAUUUCUGGCGGUGCAUACCCUGUCUCUGCAGUUCUAGCAAACAAGGAAGUCAUGCUCUGCGUUGAACCUGGAACUCACGGUUCCACAUAUGGUGGAAAUCCAUUGGGAUGCGCAGUCGCUAUUGCGGCUUUGGAAGUUGUAAGAGACGAAGGAUUGACUGAGAGAGCUGCUGUUCUUGGUGAGAGGUUCAGACAAGGGUUGAAGGAUCUUAAGAGUCCGAUUAUUAGCACGAUUAGAGGAAAGGGUUUGUUGAAUGCUAUUAUUGUGGAUGAAACUCAGACGAAUGGACGUCGUGCGUGGGAUUUGUGCCUUCUGAUGAAGGAGAAGGGGUUGCUAGCCAAACCAACCCAUGAAAACAUCAUCAGAUUGGCUCCACCACUAGUCAUCACCGAGGAGGAAAUCGAUCAAUCCCUCAAGAUCAUCGGUGAAUCUUUGAAGGAGCUUGCAUCCUACAAAGCCCCAGCGGAAGCUCACUAA